AUGAAUUCUAUUGCUCAAAGUUGUUUGAGUUUUCAUAAAUUUUACAAGGGCUUAAUUAGAAAGAUUGGAUUUUUAAUUCGUUUGGAGUUUUCAUUACCAGCAGAUGUCUUCCGAGUUUAUAUUAGUGCAGUGGAUGUGGAGAUUUCAGUAGGUUCCACUUCCCCCAAUUGCCUGACCUGUGUUCAUUGUCAGAGAGAUUGGAAGAAAGAAGCCAGGUAUGCCCACAUGCACAAGAAACAAGAAUCGUGUUCAAUUGGUCUUGGUAGUAACCCUGGGAUUGAAGCUCCUACUAAAAACUCGCUUUCGUUUAAUUUGGGGCAAAGCAGAUUUACCAGUACAGCUGAGUCGGCGACAUUAGAAAGCAGAGGCAAGAAACAAGAAGAAUUUGGACAAUUGGUUGUCGAGAGAGAGCUUCCUAUCCCUGAACACAAGGAUAUUUAUCACCUGACUAGAGAGAAUGGAGCAUCUGACAUGUCUUCACCUGAGGCUGUUAUAAGUUGUGAUGAGGAGAGGCUGAAACUGGGGAAAGAGGCCGAACCAUUGGCUUGA